GUAAAGUGACCAAAUGGGUGUAAUGGAGUAAUCAAAACAACCUUUUUACUCAAUUAGUCUGUGCUUUUUUAUUAUUUUCAUUUUUAGUUUGGUAAAUUUUACUUCUGCUUUAAAAGCAUUAUUUUUGUUUUUAGAUUGCAAUGUUACAAUGUUAGAAUGUAAUGUGAUUUUAACCCUUUUUUAACAUAAUAUAUGCCUAUGGUUACAUUACGUUACAUGAUUACAAAAGCAUAAAAAAUACCUAGCUAUAUACCAUAUACCGCAAAUCAGCCAAAAAAUACCGAGAUAUGAAGUUUUGCUCAUAUCGCCCAGCCCUAAAUUGUAGGUUGGUCAUUCGCGGUGUUGACCAAGCGAAAGCCGCUUGUAUGUAUGUAAUUGACAAUACACAAUUUUACCCUUACUGCCUUUUCGCCAAAAUUUGGCUAAUGUUACCGCACUUUUAGCAAACAUGCGGCUCCUUUAAGAGAUUGCGUCCUCUGUAUCGUAUCCAUGGCGACAAACAAUUACAAACCCAAGCGAUGCGUAACUUUGUACCAGGCCAUCGAUUCUCUAUGAGCAACAACAGAUAUCAAUGGUGAAAUCCAAACGACACAAACAGUUUCUUUCAGCAGGCCGGGAUUAGAAUUUAUAUAACUCCGUUUAAUUGUUUGGACGGUCAAUAGUGAUUAAGAUCAACGCGUGAUAAAUUCGUGUUUAGAUUUAUUAUUCGGCAUACAUAUCGCUUAGGAGAAGUUCACUCCUAGUUAGUGGAGUGAAUUCAUAAGAUCUUGUUUGUAGUUUUAGUUUAUUAAAUCUGUUUUGUUGCAAUCCUGCAUUCCUCAAGCAGCCAGGAUUUUAUUCCUGCCAUGAUCAAAACACAUUCAGAUUCAUUUUAAGUGGUAAAACAGGAAAUAGACGGAAUGAACAUCACAGAGGUGGAAGAACACAUUACCUUGAAGUAUGAAAUCAAGAGAAGACUUGGGAAAGGGGCAUAUGGAAUUGUUUGGAAGGCUGUGGACAGAAAAACAGGAGAGACUGUUGCUGUGAAGAAAAUCUUUGAUGCCUUUAGGAAUCGAACGGAUGCUCAGAGAACCUUCAGAGAAAUUAUGUUCCUCCAGGAGUUUGGGGAUCAUCCUAACAUAAUUAAAUUACUGAAUGUCAUCAGAGCCCAAAACGACAAAGACAUUUACCUUGUGUUUGAAUUCAUGGACACAGAUCUACAUGCAGUAAUAAAGAAAGGAAGUCUAUUAAAAGACAUUCAUAAGCGUUAUGUUAUGUACCAGCUUCUUAAAGCAACAAAAUACCUUCAUUCAGGCAAUGUCAUUCAUAGGGACCAAAAGCCAUCCAACAUCUUACUAGACUCAGACUGCUUUGUGAAGCUGUGUGACUUUGGCUUGGCAAGAUCCCUGUACCAGAUCCAAGAGGAUGCUGUGAAUCCUGCCUUGACAGAGUAUGUGGCAACACGAUGGUACAGAGCCCCUGAAAUUCUCUUGGGAUCCAGUAGGUACACAAAAGGUGUGGACAUGUGGAGCAUAGGUUGCAUUCUGGGAGAGAUGCUCCUGGGCAAGCCUCUCUUCCCCGGGACAUCUACCAUUAAUCAAAUCGAAAAAAUCAUGAGCGCCAUUCCACAUCCUUCUACAGAGGAUGUGUUAGCUAUCAGAUCAGAGUAUGGGGGUUCUAUGAUUCAGAGAAUGCUGCUUAGACCGCAGGUGCCAUUAGAUGAAAUUCUGCUGGCAUCAGUGCCACCUGAUGCCCUUGAUUUAGUGCAGCGCCUGCUGGUUUUCAAUCCAGACAAGAGACUCAGUGCAGAGGAAGCUCUGCAGCACCCUUACGUGUCCAAAUUUCACAACCCAGCCAGAGAGCCUAGUUUGGUCUAUGAUGUCAUUUUGCCAGUGGACGAUGACGUCCAACUCUCUGUUACUCAGUACAGAAACAAACUCUACGAGAUGAUCCUGGAAAAAAGGGCCAGUCGGCAGAUGCACAGACAACCUCACUUCAUAAAGAAAUCAGAGGAGAAGACUGCAGAAGUGAAUGGGGACAGUGGAAUGGACAAAAGCAAUGAAACAGGUGCUAACUCUCAAAGAGAAGGCAAGCGUGGCGUGGAUGGAGAUCAUGACAGGAAGUCUCCUAAUGACAAGAAGAGCUCUAAUGGAACUGGAGCAGCUGUUGCGAAACCUCUCAGUAGGCCUGAGCAAACACACUCAGCUCCUGAGAGCACCAGCCCAGCAGUGAGCCCCAGUGCGGUCAAAACCUCAUAUAACCCCAUCACACACAUGCCUAAUGGUUUAGUCAAACUGCACCACUACCCAGCUCAUUCUCAGCGGAUUGGGAGGGGGAAUCAAGAUACUGGAGGUGUACUGCCUGCAGAUGGUGCUAAUGGGCCUUUGGGUAUAGACCGGCGAGGUUGCUCUGCCCCUGUUGCACGCACAAACUCAUUCUCUCUCACACUAGCACAGCCCCAAAAUAAUCCCCUGCUUCGCAAGGAUGAACCCAUUGUUUCCCCUGGGUUAUGUGUCACCUCUGCUCGCUUGAACCAGCGGUCAAAUUCGCAUUCACGUGAUGCCAAGCUUCCACCAAGGUUCAGCAAGAAGGUUUUCCAGAGCAAUUCGAAUGUUUCUGCAGCUGGCGAUCCUCGCGCCAAACUAGGCAGUUAUUCUCAGGCGUAUGGGACUAUCAGCAAAAGCGGACUGGACAAUCUACGUAGGAAUUGCCACUAAGGUGUAAAGUGUGAGAUUAGUGGAGAAAUCAAGAGGCAGUCAGACGGCCAUUGGAAUCUCCCAGAUCAAAUAGAAACAGUGGAUUUCACAUGACAAGAUAAUUACACCAUCAUAACAUGCUCUGAAGAUUAUCGCCAUUGUGGAAAUCCCAGAUUAGUGCUGCCAAUAACGUUUUUUCUGAUCAAUUUAAAUUCAGGUGUCAACUUCUUGUUUGUAAAUAUGUGGUGAAAACGUUUAUUAAAUGUGUA